CUGCUGCUCAGCAGCACCCUCCUUUAUGAGUUGCUAUUGAAAACCAAUAUUUUUUUCACUUUUUUUUUUUUUUUCUGGUAUCAAGAAGGGUCCAGCUGGCGCCUGGCAGGGUCUGCUGCCAUGCACGGGCACGCGGCACGGCCCCGGCAGGGGUGACUAAGUAGUACAAGUGUUGCAGGAGCCUGGUGGCUCGUUAAGGGCCGGGGGAGGCGAAGGAGCCGCGAGGGGCCGGGAGGAGGCCGGGCCGGGGAGGGGCCACGGGGGUCUGAACUCAAUUUUGAUAGACUACAGUGUUGCCAAACUUCCAAGACUUCACCUGAACAAUGCACAGAAGGGGCCAUGCCGCCACGGCCGUGCACUCAUUGCUAGCCGAGCAAGUGUUACGUGUCGUCCCGUUAGGGCAGCAGGGCGGUGCAGGCGAGGGGCGGGCCGGGGCCAGGCCGGGGCCGGGCGACGCGGCACACCGUCCCAAGAUGGCUUUCCUGUGUCCAGUCAGAAUCCGACGGAACAAGAAAAAGAAAGCCUCACCCCACCUCGCCUCACCAGGGUCUGGCGGCUAUGUCUCUGAGGGUGAAGAGAAGGUGGUCCGUGCACCAGGCCUGGGCCGCAUCACUGGCUCAGCCUCCAUCGAAACACUGGUGAGGGUCGGCCUUGAGAAGGAGGCGGGGCUCUCACCGGACAGCAAGAUGGUUGUGUUGCAUGACUUCACGCCAUGUGUGGACGAUGAGCUGGAAGUUAAGAGAGGCAGUGUGGUCAACGUAUUAUACCAGGAGAAUGACUGGGUGUAUGUGAUAGCAGAGCACGGCCAGCAGGAAGGCUUCAUCCCACACUCCUAUUGUGCACCAUAUGGCUCACAGCUUGGAGAACUCACCAUAAACCAUAAAAAGAUGCCACGAGAUCACAGCUCCCUAGAGGGUGGUGGCGGCGGCCUGGACACAGACCACAACACAACCAUCGGCACCAUUAACUCUGGCGGCACAGACAACCCGGGUCUGGUCGGCUCCGAUUCUGAAAGCUACGGUGGCAAAGUGAUCAGUGGGCCACCUAACCGAACCUCCGACUCCUCCAUCCAGAGUGGAUCGGCCACCCCAGACAUCCACCCAUUCUUCAAGGACCCAGCCGGGCGGUACAUUGUUCUCUACACGUUUAUCGCGCGUGACGAGAAUGACGUGAGUGUUGAGCGCGGGGAGUUUGUUACGGUGCUGAACAGAGACGACCCGGACUGGUACUGGGUGCUGCGCUCAGACGGCCAGGAGGGGUUCGUGCCAUCAGGCUUUGUGUACCCAGCUGACGUCAUACAGGACCAUCUGGAGGGUGGUGGUGGUGGUGGCGGUGGGGGCGGGGUUAUGGUGCACGGUGGCCUGGGGUCUGUGGCGGUGGGCUAUGGGCCCGGCCAGCACCACCUGGUCCCAGGAAACAGUGAUGACCUGCGCUUCCAUGGCUCAGAACUAGUCAUGCUUUACGACUACAAAGCACAGGCACCGGAUGACCUGUCUGUGCGGCGUGGGGACUGGAUCUACGCUGACCUGAACAACCAGACGGUGGACGGGUGGCUUUGGGCAUACGCACCCAAGACCAGGAAGUACGGCUUUAUCCCCAGGGCGUAUGCCAGGCCCCCCGCCAUGACCUCCCUAUAGUGUGUAUGUGUGUGUGUGUGUGUGUGUGUGUGUGUGUGUGUGUGAUCUUGGGACGUUGGAAGUAAUAUGUUGUGGUUGUUUUGUUGUUUUUAUUUUUGAUGUUACUGUUGUUUGUUGAUGGUCUUUGUCUUUCUGUCUAGUUUGGUUUGUGUUUGUCUAUCUGUUUGCCUGUCUUUCUAUAUGUUUGACACACACUCUCUCUCUCUCUCUCUCUCUCUCUCUCUCUCUCUCUCUCUCUCUCUCUCUCUCUCUCUCUCUCUCUCUCUCUCUCUCUCUCUCUCUCUCCCCCCCCCCCCAUGUCAGUCACUUGUUCUUUCUCUUCACUAUAGCAUUCAAAGAUAAUCUUUCAAGAUGAUAAGAUCUUCAUUAGUGUGCAUGUGUGUGUGUGUGUGUGUGUGUGUACAUUCUUGCACACUUUGAAAUCACAUUUUGGAGUGGAAGUGUCAAGGGUUAACUAGUAAUUUUAUAUAGAAAUUUAUUUAUACUAGUAUGUAUUUCUCUCUCUCUCUCUCUCUCUCUCUCUCUCUCUCUCUCUCUCUCUCUCUCUCUCUCUCUCUCUCUCGUGUAAUUGGCGGUUUACUUAGUAACCUUGCCCUUUCCAUUUUUGUACCUCAGACAUGACAUACAUGACCUUGCUGUGACGUCAUCACUCAUCAAGCAUCACCCUCAUCAGCUCGCAUGCAACUUCAUUUCACAUACUCAUGCAACUUUUGUCUCAUUAUGAUUAUGUAACUCAUCCAUCCUCAUCUUAUUUGUUCAUUUGUUGUUACAUUUACUUCCAUUUGGUUUCAUUUCACCUGUUUUACUUCAUGCACUCAUUUAACCUUACUUCAUUUAAUUACUUUCAUCUGACCCUUGUAUCAUGAACGAUCAUUGACUGUUUUCGCCAUCCUGACCUCCAUUCGUGACCCUGACCACCUUCUCUUUUAUUGUAGUUGGAACAUUCCAUGUGCUAAUGUUGUACACAACUUGUGCCAAAUGUUAAGUCAGACAUCAACCUUUGUAUCAUAAUUUGUGUUUUCUGUAUUAUAAACCUGAUUUUUGUA